GGCCGGAAGCAGGCUGAGCCAGCCUCUCCGAGCGCUGCCUACGCUUCCGGGAACCUGGAGCCCGACUCUAGAGUUUUCCGGUAGGCGGCGCGGUAAGAGUAAGAGGCUGCAGGCGCCUGGCCGGGCGGAUCCCCUCCUCUCCCAAUGUGAGCAGCGUCCUGAGCCCCAGUCAGGCGAAGGCUGCCCAGAGAGGUGGAGCCGCUGGCCGGGCCGGGAACAUGAGGCAGUGUGUCCUCUUCCUGAGCAGCUUGGUUCCUUUCGUGCUGGCGCCGCGACCGCCGGACGAGCCGGGCUUCGGCUCCCCCCAGCGACUCGAAAAGCUUGAUUCUUUGCUCUCAGACUACGAUAUCCUCUCUUUAUCCAAUAUCCAACAGCACUCUGUAAGAAAAAGGGAUCUACAGGCUUCAACACACUUAGAAACACUACUAAUUUUUUCAGCCUUGAAAAGGCAUUUUAAAUUAUACCUGACAUCAAGUACUGAACGCUUUUCCCAAAACUUCAAAGUCGUGGUGGUAGAUGGGAAAGAUGAAAGCGAGUACCCCGUCAAAUGGCAGGACUUCUUCAGUGGACAUGUGGUUGGUGAGCCUGACUCUAGGGUUCUAGCCCACAUAGGAGAUGAUGAUAUUACAAUAAGAAUCAACACAGAUGGGGUGGAAUAUAAUAUAGAGCCACUUUGGAGACUAAUUAAUGAUACUAAAGACAAAAGAGUGUUAGUUUAUAAAUCUGAAGAUAUCAAGAAUGUUUCACGUUUGCAGUCUCCAAAAGUGUGUGGUUAUAUAAAGGCGGAUAAUGAAGAGUUGCUUCCAAAAGGGCUGGUAGGCAGAGAGCCACCUGAUGAGCUUGUUCAUCGGGUGAAGAGAAGAGCUGACCCUAAUCCCCUGAAGAAUACGUGUAAAUUAUUGGUGGUAGCAGAUCAUCGCUUUUACAGAUACAUGGGCAGAGGGGAAGAGAGUACAACUACAAACUACUUGAUAGAGCUAAUUGACAGAGUUGAUGACAUCUAUCGGAACACUUCAUGGGACAAUGCAGGUUUUAAAGGUUAUGGAAUACAGAUAGAGCAGAUUCGCAUUCUCAAGUCUCCACAAGAGGUGAGACCUGGUGAAAGGCACUUCAAUAUGGCAAAAAGUUACCCAAGUGAAGAAAAGGAUGCUUGGGACGUGAAGAUGCUGCUAGAGCAAUUUAGCUUUGAUAUAGCUGAAGAAGCAUCUAAAGUCUGCCUAGCACAUCUUUUCACCUACCAAGAUUUUGAUAUGGGAACUCUUGGAUUAGCUUAUGUUGGUUCUCCCAGAGCAAACAGUCAUGGAGGUGUUUGCCCAAAGGCUUAUUAUAGUCCAAUUGGAAAGAAAAAUAUCUAUUUGAAUAGUGGUUUGACCAGCACAAAAAAUUAUGGUAAAACCAUCCUUACAAAGGAAGCUGACCUCGUUACAACUCAUGAAUUGGGGCACAAUUUUGGAGCAGAACACGAUCCAGAUGGUCUAGCAGAAUGUGCCCCAAAUGAGGACCAGGGAGGAAAGUAUGUUAUGUAUCCCAUAGCUGUGAGUGGCGAUCAUGAGAACAAUAAGAUGUUUUCAAACUGCAGUAAACAGUCGAUCUAUAAGACCAUUGAAAGUAAGGCCCAGGAGUGUUUUCAAGAACGCAGCAACAAAGUGUGCGGGAACUCCAGGGUGGACGAGGGGGAGGAGUGUGACCCCGGCAUCAUGUACCUGAACAACGACACUUGCUGCAACAGUGACUGCAUGCUGAGGCCGGGCGUCCAGUGCAGUGAUAGGAACAGUCCUUGCUGUAAAAACUGUCAUUUCGAGACGGCCCAGAAGAAGUGCCAAGAGGCCAUUAAUGCUACUUGCAAAGGCGUGUCUUACUGCACAGGUAACAGCAGUGAGUGCCCCCCUCCUGGCGAUGCUGCCGACGACACGGUGUGCUUGGAUCUCGGCAAGUGUAAAGAUGGCAAGUGUGUGCCCUUCUGCGAGCGGGAGCAGAGGCUGGAGUCCUGCGCGUGUAACGAAACCGACAACUCGUGCAAGGUGUGCUGCAGGGACCCCUCGGGCCGCUGCCUGCCCUAUGUCGACGCCGAACAGAAGAACUUAUUUUUGAGGAAGGGAAAGCCCUGUACAGUAGGAUUUUGUGACAUGAAUGGCAAAUGUGAGAAGCGAGUGCAGGAUGUCAUUGAGCGGUUCUGGGAGUUCAUUGACAAGCUGAGCAUCAAUACUUUCGGGAAGUUUUUAGCAGACAACAUCGUAGGCUCCGUCCUGGUUUUCUCCUUGAUAUUUUGGAUUCCUUUCAGCAUUCUGGUCCAUUGUGUGGAUAAGAAACUGGACAAGCAGUUUGAAUCGCUGUCUCUGUUCCACCCCAGUAACGUCGAGAUGCUGAGCAGCAUGGAUUCCGCCUCGGUUCGCGUCAUCAAGCCCUUUCCCGCACCCCCGACCCCGGGCCGCCUGCAGCCCCCACAGCCUGCCCCUGCGGUGCCCCCCGCGCCUUUGGUGCCCGUGGCCCCAAAGCUGGACCACCAGCGGAUGGACACCAUCCAGGAGGACCCCAGCACGGAUUCGCAUGCCGACGAGGACGGCUUCGAGAAGGACCCCUUCCCAAAUAGCAGCACGGCCGCCAAGUCGUUCGAGGACCUCACGGACCAUCCGGUCACCAGAAGCGAAAAGGCCUCGUCCUUUAAGCUGCAGCGUCAGAACCGCAUUGACAGCAAGGAAACCGAGUGCUAGUUCAGGACCGCGUCCCGAGCGCUCUGACUUCCGUGUGCAGAAUAUUUUUAUAGAUUUGACCUCAAAUCACUGCAGUUUUUGUGAAGAUUUGGGAGAAAAAAAGGAAGUGACUUCACAGCAGAUGCUGGUCAUGUGUUUGGACUUCCUUCGCAUACGUAAUACUUGUGUGGUCAGGCCCUUUUCCUUCUGAAGAGGUAAGGUGAAUCUCGCUUAUUUUGAGGCUUUCAGGUUUUAGUUUUUUUGAUCUUUAAGAUAUCCUUCAACCUCUGACGCAAAAGCAGAAAAUACAGCUGGAUUAGGUUAUGAGUAUUUACAUUUUUGUAAAUUAACUUUUUAUACUGGGAACGGCACUGAUCAGGGAGAUGCUCAGUUUUUUUUUUAAACACUGUAAUGAUCCAGCAAACAUAAUGAGGCAUUUAGCAGUUUCUUGUGAGGAUAACUGGAACACAGAAUAGAUUUAUUUAUUCUUUUGCCUUGAAGACAAAGGGAGAAAAAACCAAUGUAUACAGUCUCCAAAAUGUGGGUUCUGUUUCUAGGUAUUACCUAGAACUUGUAGCAGAAGAAGGGAAUUACACUGCUAAAUUUAGGGAUAAGGUUUCUUAAUUCUAAAUUGUUAAGAAUCUCUAACGUCUAGAAUUAAAACAAUCUAGCUUAAAUUGUAGCUCCAUGAAUCUACAGAAUUCUGCCAACUGUUUUAGGACCCCAGAUAGCUGGGCAGUUUUUGUGUGUUUCUGAAGUAUCUUCAUGUAUCAAUACUGUCACCAUCCUCUUAAAACAUUCGCCAUUCAGAAAGCCUGAACUACUUCAGAAUAAGAAAGUUAUGGUCGCCUCUUCUCAAACAAACACUAGUGGCCAAGAAUGCACAGGAGAUGGUUUCUGCCAAAAGAACCGGGUGUGAUGUGCUGGCCUGGGGCUUUCUCCCCACACAACUGAUUGCUAGAAACCCUUGGUACUGACCCAUGUUACUUCUUGAUCUAGUGCUUCAGUAUGGUCUGCAUCUACUGUGUGAAGGAUAGAAACCAUCAGGUUGAAUUCUGAUUUCCUUUUAAAAGCUUUUUUCCCCUGCUAAGUACUGAAAUGUGCUCACCAGCGAACACAUUUUAACUGAGAUAACUUGUAAGCUUUGAGAGCAAUCAACCAAACCUGUGACAAAUCGUAUCUUUUUUUCUAAGGAUGUUUGUUUGUUACGCAGAUACCUGUUACACUAAUACUUGAACUUGUACCUUGUGGUAUUUGCUGUCUUUUAACUAGUCAUAAUAUUCUUAUAUUAUAGUUAACACUUUUGCAAUCUGAUAUAAGGUGAGUGGGGUGUGUGGGUGUAUGUAUGAGAGUGAAAUGGUUCCCAGCUGAAUGUAAGAAACCGUUUUUUAUAAAAUUGUGACUUUUUAAAAAACCAACACUGUCUUUACCUUUUUUCCAUUUAUAAAAUUAAUAAGCUGCUCAGGGUGUAUUUUGUAGCUGUGGCACUGACGACACCUGCAUCCAUCAAUAAAUAUUUAUUAUCAAACCAC